AUGGCUUCUUUCCCCGAGACCGACUUCCAGAUCUGCCUGCUGUGCAAGGAGAUGUGCGGCUCGCCGGCGCCGCUCUCCUCCAACUCGUCCGCGUCGUCCUCGUCCUCGCAGACGUCCACGUCGUCCGGGCAGCUCGGGCUCGGGCCGCCCUUCCCCGGCGCGCCCUUCUCCAUACUCUCAGUGUUCCCGGAGCGCCUCGGCUUCUGUCAGCACCACGACGACGAGGUGCUGCAUCUGUACUGUGACACAUGCUCUGUGCCCAUCUGUCGUGAGUGCACAAUGGGCCGGCACGGGGGCCACAGCUUCAUCUACCUCCAAGAGGCUCUGCAGGACUCCAGGGCACUCACCAUCCAGCUGCUGGCAGAUGCACAGCAGGGUCGCCAGGCAAUCCAGCUGAGCAUCGAGCAGGCCCAGACAGUGGCGGAACAGGUGGAGAUGAAGGCAAAGGUGGUACAGUCGGAGGUAAAAGCCGUCACCGCAAGGCAUAAGAAGGCCCUGGAGGAGCGUGAAUGCGAGUUGCUGUGGAAGGUAGAGAAGAUCCGCCAGGUGAAAGCCAAGUCUCUGUAUCUGCAGGUGGAGAAGCUACGGCAAAACCUCAGCAAGCUGGAGAGCACCGUCAGUGCCGUCCAGCAGGUCCUGGAGGAGGGUAGAGCACUGGACAUCCUACUUGCCAGAGAUCGGAUGCUGGCCCAGGUACAGGAGCUGAAGACCGUGAGGAGCCUCUUGCAGCCCCAGGAAGAUGAUCGAGUUAUGUUCACACCCCCUGACCAGGCGCUGUACCUUGCCAUCAAGUCCUUUGGCUUUGUUAGCAGUGGGGCCUUUGCACCUCUCACGAAGGCCACAGGUGAUGGCCUCAAGCGUGCCCUCCAGGGUAAGGUGGCCUCAUUCACUGUUAUUGGUUAUGACCAUGACGGUGAGCCACGCCUCUCAGGAGGUGACCUAAUGUCAGCUGUAGUGCUGGGUCCUGAUGGCAACCUGUUUGGGGCAGAGGUGAGUGAUCAGCAGAAUGGGACUUACGUGGUGAGCUACCGGCCCCAGCUCGAGGGUGAGCAUCUGGUGUCAGUGACCAUGUGCAACCAACACAUUGAGAACAGCCCCUUCAAGGUGGUGGUCAAGUCGGGCCGCAGCUAUGUGGGCAUCGGCCUCCCUGGCCUGAGCUUUGGCAGCGAGGGCGACAGUGAUGGCAAGCUCUGCCGCCCUUGGGGUGUGAGUGUAGACAAGGAAGGCUAUAUCAUUGUCGCUGACCGCAGCAAUAACCGCAUCCAGGUGUUCAAGCCCUGUGGCUCCUUCCACCACAAAUUUGGCACCCUGGGCUCCCGGCCUGGGCAGUUCGACCGACCCGCUGGAGUGGCCUGCGAUGCCUCACGCAGGAUUGUGGUGGCCGACAAGGACAAUCAUCGUAUCCAGAUCUUCACCUUUGAGGGCCAGUUUCUCCUCAAGUUUGGUGAGAAAGGAACCAAAAACGGACAGUUCAACUACCCUUGGGAUGUGGCAGUGAAUUCUGAGGGCAAGAUCCUGGUCUCAGACACCCGGAACCACCGGAUCCAGCUGUUUGGGCCUGAUGGAGUCUUCCUGAAUAAGUAUGGCUUCGAGGGGGCCCUCUGGAAGCACUUUGACUCCCCAAGGGGUGUGGCCUUCAACCAUGAGGGUCACUUGGUGGUCACCGACUUCAACAAUCACCGGCUCCUGGUCAUUCAUCCCGACUGUCAAUCAGCGCGCUUCCUGGGCUCAGAGGGCACUGGCAAUGGGCAGUUCCUGCGCCCACAAGGCGUGGCGGUGGAUCAGGAAGGGCGCAUCAUUGUGGCCGAUUCCAGGAAUCACCGGGUACAGAUGUUUGAGGCCAAUGGAAGCUUCCUGUGCAAGUUUGGUGCUCAAGGCAGUGGCUUUGGGCAAAUGGACCGUCCUUCUGGCAUUGCCAUUACCCCAGAUGGAAUGAUCGUUGUGGUGGACUUUGGCAACAAUCGAAUCCUCAUCUUCUAAUUUCAUCUGUUAGGUUCUGUGUUUGGGGUGUGUGCACGUGUGCACGUCUCUCUCCUUUUGAAUUUCAAAGAAGAAGCAGUCUCAGGGAAAUUUCUUUUUUUCUUUUUUUUUUUAUUUUAAAGAGAACAAGAAAAGUACAACAUUGCUUAAGUCCUACCUCAUCUUUAUUUUUUUACAGAUGAAUGUACUUAUCUUUUGUGCAGGGAUUGAGCCUGUGAAGUGAUAAUUUCUAUCUACCUCAUAAAUCUUUACAUUUCCUUCUCCAACAGGCCCUCUUCCCUUCCUCAGUGGAGUUCUCGUUUCCCUCUCCCUGCUGUGGGGUGUGAUAUGCACAAGCCUAGCAUCUCUGCCGCUGGGAGGGCACUGGAUGUGUGUGGUGGGGUGGAUUCUGUAGCUUGAGCCAAGGAAACACAAUAGGAGAAAAACUAUAAAAUGUGGGGAAAAUAGGAUUUAAAAUUCAUAAUGAUAGAAUAUUUGUGUUCUUGAGAAUAAUACUGUUGUUUUGGGGGUUAGAUUUUUGUUGUGUGGUUUGAUCUUUUUUGCGGGGGGGGAUCUUUUUUUAAAAAAUGCUGCAACAGAGGAAUUUUCCUUUGUUCUAUACAGUGUGUCUCACAUCUUCAGCAUCGUUUCUUAUUCCUAGGAAAUAUGGCUGUGGGCUUGCUAGCCAAGAAAAGCAGACCAUUCGUGUUUUAGGGUAUAUAUAUGAUCUUUCUUUUUCUUUUAAGGUGGGGUGUGUGUGUCUGUGUGUAUAUUUUAAAGCCAUCUUGCACCCAGAUAAAUAGUAAAGCUGAAAAUGACACACCACAUCGUAGGGAACCUAUUUUGUUCACAUUUUGGUUUCUAAAAAAAUAGAUAUAGCUCAGGAUUCUUAAUUAAAAGUGUUCUCAAAAGUUGAUUAUUUUUAUUUUGUGGAUUAUAAAGCGUUAAGUGGAUGGAAGAAGAAAAUGGACCUCAUUCUCAGAGGGUUUUCAGACAUGGACUGCCAUGCUGAGAGAGGAAGUAGAGGGCACUAGGGAAGCAUGGCACCCCCAAAUUAGAGAUUGUUUGGCAGGGGUGGGGUUGAUCCCUGACCUCAGAGUGAAUGUUCUAUAAUGCUAGGUGUUCUAUUCUCCUAAGAAGUAUAGGCAAAGGAAUAAAUUUUUAUUUUAAAAGCACAAUUUUUUCCUGCUUUGGAAAUUCAGGGAAAUAUAAUAUUUGAACCUCAAGUAAUGGGAGCACCCCAUUGUCAAAAACCCUCCGUGCAGGUCACUUUUAUAGGAUUGUUGUCCCCAGGCCAUCCUGUAGGGCAGACCUUAUGGCUAAGGUAAAUUUCCCCCAAGGCCAUUGAAUGUAAAGGAUGUAUAAACCAAAUCACCACCCAGAAAUGUGUAGGAUGUCCUGUCUUUUUUGAAACCUGUAACUUGGUACCAAAGAAUGAGUAUGUGUAAGCCGGACUCACACUGCGGGGUUGGGGUGGCUGGCAUAUGUGUCACUUUACAGGAUUGGUAUUUUGUGAGCCGGACUUGGGUACAAAACUUUAUGCUUCUAGGUAGUGUUUGCCUUUCAGUUGGAAAGCAGGAAUAGACGAAAAAUAAAACCCUGCUUAUUAGAACCCAUAUGGUGGGUCCUUCAUUCUCCCAUAUACUGAAAUAAGAACCAUUUUCUGGGGCAGCAGUCUUUAGGAAAAAGUGGCCUAGAAGGACAACCUCUGUUUGAAACAGUAAGUCCAAUGGAUCAGCUUCUGUUCCUGUGUGUUUGAGAGAUUUCUGUUGCAAAAACAGAGUUUUUAAAUGAGCAGAAAAAAAAAUUUCACAAAUGGAACAAUUUACUUUUUUUAAUCCAGAAAAGGGAUGGAUUAAUGUGACAAGUCAAUCAAACUGCCUUUCCCCACCCGCUUCUUUUAGACAUUUAACCUACCACUUUGGGAGAUCCUCUUUCAUAGCUGUAAUUCUAGGGUUUCCGAAUUACCAAAAUGGGGGGGUGUGUUUCACAAAGCAGAUCUGCACACAAUCAGAUUACGCAUAGUUGGGGGAGGAUCGUCAACUGCUUUUGAGCUGCUCAGUUCUUUGUUUUGCUUUUGCUUUUUUGCUGAGUUCUUAAUGGGGGAGGCAUGAUGAAAGCUUUGUUUGGUACAUGGGCCUUUUAGAACAUGUUUUUAGUGAAUCUUCUCUUAAUUUCUAGUCAGUUACCUUUAAUUUUGCCGUAGUCCAGUAAACAUUUUUACUGUUUUCUGUUGUUGGAGUAACUUGACAAUGGUCUCCCUGCCUCCCCUCAACUCUCCACCAGAUUUCCAUUUAAACACCGAAGAUAACUAACUAGUCUUUAAUGCUUAACAUU